AUGCAGCCAAAGCUUCUCUACCUGGGGCUGCUCCUUCUUGCCGCAGCAGCCUCCUUCGGCAGCGCCUGUAAAACAAUCGAGCAACGUUUUGGGUUCGCCGAUAGCGGAAUCUACGUGCGCUUGCGUCGUGGGGAGAAACUGCAAUAUGAAUUGAUGAAAGGAAGCCAAACGCUGCAAACUGUGACGUUGGACAACUUUGUGCCCAUCGGAAACUUUGUAGCCACGCAAACCGGCUACAAGAUAAGCGACGGCACCACAAGUAUCGAAUUUAGCCUGAUCAAGUCGGGCAGCGAUGUUACCCAUGUACGUGUGUCCCGCGAUCGGGUGCUGAAGGGAUCCCAGCCACGCGACUGCGUUGCUCUGAACACGGGUCGCACACACUGGUACAGCGGUCCGGAGCAUCGUCAGCAGUAUUGGCCUGUCAGUAAUUUUUCGUAUUUGCCCAAAGAGGAGUACAAUGUGGGUCUGGCCGAACGCUAUUGGUUGAAUAGCGAUGGACUUUUCAUCUAUGUAUCGGAGAAUACGCCCCUCUUUAUCGACCAAAAUGCACCGGGCUAUGAGGAUCAGUUGUGCCUCAGCGCUUUUACCGCUUUGCCAUAUGAAACACGUUUAGAAUCAGCACAAUUUACCUAUGAUCUGGGCAUAGCCCGGAAUGCAAAAUCCGCCCAUAUGUACGCCGUGACAGCGCUCCUGGGGCGACCUGAGGGUCAUCCAGAUGAGCGGAUGGUCCAGCAUCCCAUUUGGUCUACGUGGGCGCUGUACAAGGCCGAGAUCACAGAUGAAAUUGUGCGAGAAUUUGGGCAAAAAAUUAUAGAUAAUGGCUUUGAAAAUAGUCAGCUAGAAAUCGAUGACGACUGGGAGGAUUGCUAUGGCGCUCUUACGUUCCGCAAAAACAAGUUUCCCGACAUCAAGAAACUAACCGAUGACCUAAAGGCGCAAGGUUUUCGAGUAACCCUCUGGAUACAUCCAUUCAUCAACAAGAACUGCACUGCUAUCUAUGAUGAAGCCCUAAAGUUGGGCUAUCUGGUGCUCGAUCAUGAGGGAAAUGCGGAGACCCAAUGGUGGAAUAGUAAGCCCAAGGAUGCGGCCUACAUAGACUUCACCAAAAGUGAGGUGCAGGCUUGGUUCAGCAAACGCUUGCAGCGUCUGCAAACAGAAGACGGCAUCGACAGCUUUAAGUUCGAUGCAGGCGAGACCAGUUGGGUGCCAAGCGACGCAGUCCUUCAAGGCGACUCUCAGCGCACUCCGUUGCAGAUAACCAGCGACUAUGUUCGCACUGUAGGCGCUUUUGGCAGCAUGGUCGAGGUGCGAUCCGGUCAAGGCACUCAAGAUCUGCCAAUUUUCGUGCGCAUGAUUGACAAGGACUCUGAGUGGGGCUGGAACAACGGUCUGGUGACUCUCAUAACAACGCUCCUGCAAAUGAAUUUGAAUGGUUAUCCUUUUGUGUUGCCUGAUAUGAUUGGCGGCAACGGAUACAAUGAGAAGCCGCCAACCAAGGAGCUCUUCCUUCGCUGGCUGCAGGCCAACGUAUUUAUGCCCAGUCUACAGUUCUCCUUCGUACCCUGGAAUUUUGAUGAGGAAGCCAUCGAGAUUAGUAAACGCUUUACGCAGCUGCAUGCACAGUACACCCCCUACAUAAUGGAGCUCUUUCAGCGAGCUGUGGACACUGGCGAGCCUGUCAAUACGCCCCUUUGGUGGACUUCGCCUGAGGACAAUGUCGCACAAAGCAUCUACGAUGAGUUUAUGCUGGGAGACGACAUUAUAGCUGCACCAAUCGUUACUGAGGGUGCUGUAAAGCGCGAUAUAUAUUUACCCGCUGGCCAGUGGCGCGAUGGUAAUGGCGAAAACGUUUACAAGGGUCCAACCUGGCUGAUGGACUACUCGGCGCCUCUGGACACGCUACCGUUCUUUAUGCGCGUGGGCUUUGAGCAGAGGACAUAGAUUUGGCUAAAUAUAUUCAAUUUAUUGCAUAUAAAACGCGAAAUUUGUUAAAGGAGGCGUGUUAAAUGGCUAAAAUUGUAGUUAACAGUAAAAUGAAAAUCUAUAAAUAAAGUAUUCAAAAAUAUCACAGUUAA